GUAAUCCCUCUUCCUCCUGCUUCCUCUUUUGAUAAUCGACGAAAUUUCUCAAUCUUUGUUUUUAUUCUUUAGAUCUAGUCUUUGUUGGUGAUUCUCCUCGAUACUUUCUCUCUCUUUUCUUUCUCGCCUCCGGAUUUCGAAUAUGGAACGGAAAGCAGAAUCUCGAAAUGAUGGAAAGACUCCAAGCCCAGAUGGUUGCAGGCUUCGAAGCCCACCUGUUGCUUCUGUCUUCGGUUCGAUUGGGAGAGUGACUACUCUCGUCCCAUUUCCAGACCUUAACUUUCCGCCGGAUUCCCAACCAUGUGCUUUCUUCUCCACCGAUGCUCCACCGUCAUUGGCUGAGAAUCUAGAGGCUGAGGUGAAUCCAAGCGGGAGCGUCUCUGUCAAUGGAGUUUCACCUCCUCCUCCGCCUUCAUCUCCAUUCGCGAGCAAGCGAUGCAAGAGAUAUGGCAAGUUCCGCGGAACCAGUUCGAAUGUCCGCUUGAUCGCCGCCGAACCGGACAACAGAAACCACCAGUCAUUGGUGGUUCCACCGCCACCGGAAUACGUUGCCUCGCCUGCUCCUACACCGAGAGUCCAGGGAUCGAAUAACCUCGCGAGGUUUGAUACGCAAGAGCGCGAACAACAGAAACGUUGCCGAUGUGAAGAUUGUGAUGAUUUGAUGAACGGCUUUUGAAUUUGAGCAUGUGUUGGGACCACAUGACAAGUAUAACUCUGAUGGUUAUCUUUUAAUCAUGGUUAAAAUUAGAUGUGCUGAAUUUUGAAUUGUGU